AUGACACAACAUAAAAGUUCAAUGGUGUACAUACCCACCACAAAGGAAGCUAAAAGACGUAACGGGAAAUCUGAAGGCAUACUAAAUACCAUCGAAGAGUUGGUCGAAAAACUUUAUUGGACUUACUACAUUCAUUUACCCUUUUAUUUGAUGGCCUCUUUUGACUCAUUUUUCCUCCACGUUUUUUUUCUCACAAUUUUCAGUUUGAGUUUCUUCGGGAUACUAAAAUAUUGCUUCCUUUAA